UCCACAUAUUCAGUUUCAGUCUUUGAAAUACUAUGCAUCCAGGGAUGGAUCCACUUGAAGAGGCGACGAUUCAAUUGACACCGGCAAAAUAACAAAAACUAUAAUUUGUAUGAUUAUACCUCAAUAAAUUUCAGUUGGUGUGAAUUUAACAUUGAACCCCCCAGACCAUGGUUUGAUUCUCCCCAAAGACACCUCUGACCCCAGUACCAUCUUUUGCUGGAUCCACCACCACUCUUCCAAUUAUCCCCAAAAGUUUUUGUACAAAGGUCAGAAACGCACAACCCAUUACAAAAAUUUCUCAUUACAGAACACAGGAAAACAGAACAGAAUCAGAAACGCAUACUCAUUAAAUCUCCCACAUACACACAUAAUAUUCAUAGAUACAUACACGCAUACAUACAUACAUUCAAACACGUAGAAAGCAGACACAAACUCUCAUCAUCUUUCUCGUUUCAUUAUGCCUGCAAUCAUGAUUUUUUGGUCUCUUAACCCGCAUGCUCCUCCUUCUCUAUAUCCUCCAGAAUCUCUCCCUAUAAAUACCACUUCUCCUCCACUGACCACCACUACCUCUCUCUUCUCUCUCUACACACACACAUUCUCUCUGCUCUGUCCUAGCAACCCCCUCUGUUCUGUUAUACUCACCCAUCUUCUUCUGACCUUGCAAUGGCAGUGUCCGGGUUCGAGGGAUUCGAGAAAAGACUCGAACUUCGUUUCUCAACAACCAAUAACAACCCAAUGGGCCUCCGUCUAAUCGACUUCGAAUCACUAGACCAAGUCCUAAACGAAGUGCAGUGCACCGUGGUCUCCGCCGUAGCGAACCACAGCUUCGAUGCUUACGUCCUCUCCGAGUCGAGCCUCUUCGUCUACCCAACCAAAAUCAUCAUCAAAACAUGCGGCACCACGCAACUCCUCAAAUCAAUCCGACCGUUCAUCCACCUCGCGCGUACCCUCAGCCUCACGCUACGCGCGUGUCGCUACUCGCGAGGGAGCUUCAUAUUCCCGAAAGCGCAGCCUUUCCCUUACACCAGCUUCAAAGACGAAGUGGUCAUCGUCGAAGAAAGCCUCCCCAACUCCCUCCGUUACCGUAAAGCCUCCGUCAUGACGCCGUCUAAUAAUAAUAAUAACCAUUCACGUGCUUGGCACGUGUUCACAGCGAGCGCUGACGUGGCACCUGACGAGCCGCUCGUUGUGGUUGAGGUCUGCAUGACGGAGCUUGACCGAGUCAACGUUCGGAGCUUCUUCAGACGGAAAGGCGACGGUAAAAACAGCGACUCCGCUGGGAAAGAGAUGACGCGGCUGAGCGGUAUAGAUAUGAUAAACGCAAACGCGUUUAUAUGCGAUUUCGCGUUUGAUCCUUGCGGCUACUCGAUGAACGGAGUCGACGGAGACCGUUACUCGACCAUCCACGUCACGCCUGAAGACGGUUUCAGCUACGCGAGCUUCGAGUGCGGUUUGUCUCUCUACGACGACGGCCACGGAGAUAUCUCGGAGGUGUUGACCCGCGCCAUUGAUGUUUUCCGGCCAGAUUGCGUCUCCGUCGCCACCACUUACGGCGGCGAGGAUUAUGACCACGAGGUGACGAAGCGCUUGGAGCGUGUGUUGGCUAAAAAGCUCGGUCUUAAGUGUCGGAGCAGACUUGUGGAUGAGUUUCCGGGAUCCGGAACGGUUGUUUUUCAGUCGUUCACACCUCGCCGGAAAUAUUAUUCGCCGGAGGGAGGAGAACAGUAAAGAAAGGGUUUUAGGUUUUUAAUUAGUUGAGAGGAGCAAGAAAAGGGGAGGUGAUGACGUGGAGGGAGAGGAUUGGUUGACUUGGGUAAGGAAAUAUAUUAAGUGGGAACGUAUGAUCAUGCACCCCACUUUGCACUUGUGGCCAAUGUCACGCCUAAGCAUUUUUGAGGUUCAGUGUUGUAGAAUUUUAGUGGGGGAUGGUAAAAAAUGUCUGCUCUUUUUUUAUUUUCUUUCUCAUGUUUGUUUUUGAAAUCUUUAAAAUUUUAAAUUAUCUUAAAUAUCUAUAUCCGUCUUUUGUUACACGGUUUAAUUUGAUGGGUGCAAAUUAAUUCAUUCACUACCGUUCGAAGUAUAUUUACGAGUGUCAAAAUAAAUAUUUAAGAAAAUAAAUAGAAAUAACAUGGGUUCAGACCUAAUAAUGUGUAUGUU